GGCAGGCGGCAGUGGAAAUUGGAAACAAGAAACAAGAUGGCAACUGGUUCAGAGCACGGGCUAAAAAGAGUAGUUUGGCAAAGAAUAAAGGAAACGAUCAUCGAGGAUUGCAAGAAGUCAGAAAUAUGGAAGAUAUUGAUAUUGGACCACUUCACCACCAAGCUUCUGUCCUCAUGCUGCAAAAUGUCCGACUUGAUGCAGGAGGGAAUCACCAUUGUGGAGGACAUCUACAAAAGCAGAGAGCCUGUACUAGAAAUGAAGGCCAUCUACUUCAUGACCCCUACAGCUAAGUGUGUGGAUGCCUUCAUUGGUGACUUCAAGCUGAAACCCAAGUACAAAGCAGCAUACGUUUAUUUCACUGACUAUUGUUCGGAUGAGUUGUUCAACAAAAUGAAACUAUUCUGUGGAAAGUAUAUACGUGUCUGUAAGGAGUUAAACAUUUCCUUCUUGCCCCAGGAGUCACAGGUGUUCACUUGUGAUAACCCUGGGGCCUUCCGCAGUAUCUACAGCCCUCACAGUAGUCAGGACAAAGCGAAGACACUGGAGACUCUGGCAGCCCAGAUUGUCACUCUCUGUGCCACGCUGGACGAGAACCCAGGGGUCAGAUACAAGAAGGAGACCAUGUUGGAUAACACCACUCUGGAUAAUGCCAAACAGCUAGCAGCACUGGUGGAUUACAAACUGACUAAGCACUACGAUAUGGACGACAACGGCAAGAAAAAGGGAAAGACCCAGGCCCAGCUGCUCAUUGUAGAGAGGGGCUUUGACCCCGUGACCCCCAUCCUACAUGAGCUGACCUAUCAGGCCAUGGCCUACGACCUUGUCCCAAUCAAGAACGACACCUACAAAUACAAGUCUAAAGAGGGUUCUGAGAAGGAGGCCCUGCUGAAUGAGGAUGACCAGCUGUGGGCCAGACUCAGACACAUGCACAUUGCUGAGGUGUCAGAGCAAUUACCUAAGCUGGUGAAGGAAAUUUCUGCCAACAAAAAACAGCCGGAUGGAAAGAUCACAAUAAGCGGUUUAUCUCAGCUUAUGAAGAAGAUGCCCCACUUCCGCAAGCAGGUUGCUCAGAAAACGGUCCAUCUGAAUUUGACUGAAGACUGUAUGAACCACUUCCAGAAGAACGUGGAGAAACUAUGCAAAGCUGAGCAGGACCUGGCAGUAGGGUCUGAUGUGGAGGGUGUGAAGGUGAAGGACCCCAUGAGGACACUGCUCCCUGUCCUGCUGCACCCCCAUGGCACCUACGACAAGAUCAGAGCUGUUCUCCUCUACAUCUUCAGCCUCAAUGGCACAACAGAGGAAAACCUGAACAAACUCAUCCAGCACGUUAAGAUCGAGGAGGACCGAGAGUUCAUUCUCAACUGGAGAGAACUGGGAGUCCCCAUCAUAUCUUCGCCGAGCUUCUUCCCACUGCGUAGGUCGUCUCGAAGGGACCGCACUCAGGAGGAGACAUACAACCUGUCCCGAUGGACACCUGUUAUCAAAGACGUGAUGGAGGAUGCUGUGGAGAACAAGCUGGAGACCAGGGAAUGGCCACACCAGUCAGAGUGCCCAGCAGCCUGGAAUGGCUCUGGGGCUGUCAGUGCCCGUCAGAAACACAAGGCCAGUUCUCAGGACGAGCGGAAGAGUGGCUCCAGGCUCAUCAUCUUCAUCAUUGGAGGCAUUAGCUACUCAGAGAUGCGCUGUGCCUACCAGGUCACACAGUCCGUCAAGUCCUGUGAGGUCAUCAUAGGAUCGUCCCACAUUGUGACCCCCAUGGAGCUCCUAGACGAUAUUCAGGCCCUGAGUAAACCAACCACCACCAAGGAGACCUUUACAAUAGUGAAGGAGUGACCCACCCCGUAUCCCUAUACCCCUUCCCCAAACAUAACACCCUCCCCCAAACCUGAGCACAGAGCACUCAACUUUCUCAAUGGAAGACUGAAGGGAAUUCAUAUUCUAGAGUUUAGUCAUUAGCUAUGUGUAUUAUUAGUACUUAACUUUUGGAACCUGGUGCAUAUUUGUAACAUAACCGUUGUGCCCUACCCUAAAGUGCAGUUAUUACCUUUUUAUAAAAUCUGUGUGUGGCUGCGUCUCAAAUGGCACCCUUUAUUCCCUAUAAAGUGCACUACUUUUGAUCAGGGCCCAUAGGGCUCUGGUCAACUGUAGUGCACUGCUGGGGAAUAGGGUGCCAUUUGAGAUGCACCCUGUGUUUUUGUUUUGUCUCGCCUUAAAACACUCAUAAUCUUCCAUGUUGGAAAGCUUCUGAGAAAUGCUUAGAGAUGUAAUUUGGAUGAAAAGAUAUGGAGCUAAACUAAUGUACAUAUUGAUGUAAGCACUGUCUGUCUGCUGCUAGCUAAACCCUCUCUCCCCUCUGUUACUGUUUAUUUUGUCAUAGAUUAUUUACCUUUUCUUGUAUUGAACAACUGAUGAAUAAAUGGUUGACAUGG